UUUCCGUGUGUUGUAUCGUUUCCGCUGUUUUCACGUUAAUGUUGUAAUAUAUAUCUGUGGGUUUUGCAUCGACCUGGACGGAUCCAUCUGUUGUUUCCUUCACAUUUCUGGCCGUCAGGAUGAUGAUCCCGACCGAGGACGCGUCCGCUCGGAAGCAGGAGAUCGAGGAAAAACUCAAACAGGAACAAGAAACUCUGUCUUUUAUUCGCGAAAGCCUGGAGAAGAGUGAUCAGCUCACUAAAGGAAUGGUGUCCAUCCUGUCCUCGUUCGAGAGCCGUCUGAUGCAGCUGGAGAACUCCAUCAUCCCGGUCCAUAAACAGACGGAGAACCUGCAGCUUCUGCAGGAGAACGUGGACAACACCCUCUCCUGCAUGGAUCACGUCAUCAGUUAUUAUCACGUGGCCAAAGACACCGACAAGAUCAUCCGAGAAGGACCUGCAGCUCAUCUGGAAGAGUAUCUGGCCUGCAUUGCAAAGAUCCAGAAAGCUGUGGAGUAUUUUCAGGACAACAAUCCCGACAGUCCUGAGCUCAACACUGUGAAAGCACGCUUCGAGAAGGGGAAGGAGCUGCUGGAGGCGGAGUUUCGCAGCCUUCUGGUGCGCUACAGCAAGCCAGUGCCACCCGUCCUCAUCCUGGACGCCAUCGGAGGAGACGAGGACAUGGAGAUGCAGGAGGACGUGAUGCUGAAGCACCUGCCCGAAGCCGUCCUGAAGAACAUCAUCCGCAUCUCUGGCUGGCUGCUCGAGAACGGAUGCAACCAAGACUUCAUGAACGUGUAUUUCCAGAUCCGGUCCAGUCAGCUGGAUCGCUCCAUUAAGGGUCUAAAGGAGCAUUUCCGUAAGAACAUCGCCAGCUCUGCCAUCCACUCGCCCGCCGUUCAGACCAAACGCAAGGAGAUGCCCACCAAGAAGCCUCCUAAAAGACCAGGGAAGGAUGACGUGUUGGACAUCGAGGUCGAUUCGUACAUGCACUGCAUCAGUGCGUUUGUGAAGCUGGCUCAGAGCGAACACGCUUUACUGACCCAGAUCAUCCCAGAACAUCACCAGAAGAAGACCUUCGACUCGCUCAUCCAGCAAGCGCUGGAUAAUCUGAAGCUGGAGGGUGAUAACAUCGUCUCAGCGGCGCAGCGAGGCAUCAUGAGACACGAUUACUCCUCUGUGCUGACCGUCUUCCCCAUCCUGCGCCAUCUCAAGCAGACCAAGCCAGACUUUGACUCCACGCUAAAGGGAACGGCUGCCAGCACCAAGAACAAGCUCCCAGCUCUCAUCACUUCUCUGGAGAGCACCGGAGCCAAAGCGCUGGAGGAGUUUGCUGACAGCAUUAAAAACGAUCCGGAUAAAGAGUACAACAUGCCGAAAGACGGAACCGUCCACGAGCUCACGAGCAAUGCCAGUCUGUUCCUGCAGCAGCUGAUGGACUUCCAGGAGACAGCCGGAGCGAUGCUGGCCUCUCGGGAGAGCAGCGCGUCCGCCAGCAGCUACAGUUCAGAGUUCAGCCGGAGACUCCUGAGCACUUACAUCUAUAAAGUUCUCGGUAACCUGCAGCUGAAUCUGUCCAACAAAGCGAAAGUGUACGAAGAUCCGGCCCUGGGCGCCAUCUUCCUUCACAACAACUACAACUACAUCCUCAAAUCCCUGGAGAAGUCUGAGCUGAUUCAGCUGGUCGCUGUGACCCAUGAGAAGGUGGAGGAAUCGUACCGAGAGCUGAUCGAGCAGGAGAUCCAGAACUACCAGGAGAGCCACAGCUGGAAGAAGGUCACAGUGCAUCUGGCAGAGAGAAACAUCCCAGCAUUCCAGCCUGGAACCAAACUCAAAGACAAGGAACGACAGAUCAUCAAAGACAAAUUCAAGGGUUUUAACGAGGGUCUGGAGGAGCUGUGUAAGAUCCAGCAGGGCUGGGCGGUUCCUGAUAAAGAGCAGCGGGAUGCCAUCCGCCAGGCUCAGAAGAGAGAGGUUUCAGAGGCGUAUAGAGCCUUCCUCCAGCGAUGCGCAAACAUUUCAUUCACCAAAUAUCCAGAGAAAUAUCUCCGAUACUCAGCGGAGCAGGUGGAGGAGAUGAUUGACAAGCUCUUCGACACGUCUGCCUAGGCCACGCCCACUCUGUCUCCAUAGCCACGCCUCUGCUUCAACACACACAUCACAACGUCUAACGUCUCUGUUUAUUUUUGCUUGCUUUUUGUAUGAAUGUAUUUAUGUAUAUGUUUUAUUGGGAGUUAACUGCAGUAAAUAAAGAGAAUUCAGCUUCUUCA